GCAAGUGGCCACAGCCCCUGACCAUGCCUGGGUGCUGCUGGCACAGUGCUGCCCUGCCUGCAGUGCUGGGGUCCCUCUGUGUGCGGUGGGCACCACCAAUGUGGCAUCACCUCGUCACCUGCGGGUUUGGGAGCGCGGCGUGGGGACCCCGUGGUGCGGCUCGGUGGAGGGCACCAUCCUCGUGGGCUGCCCAAGCAACAGAGUGCAGCCAGAACACGGGUGGGGAAGGGUGUGGGGGGCAUCCUGCGCCAAUGCUGUGCCUGGAGGAGCCUGCUGUCUUUUCCCAAGGGCAACUCCAGGAACCCAGCCAGCUGCUUUGCUGCUCCUGCCAUUAGGACCAGCGUCAUUAAGUGGUUCAGGAGGCAACACUUGCCCCCGCCACUCUUUUACCGUCUGAAGUGAGGGCAGCUCUUUGCCCAUGCACUGUGCCAGCAGCCACUCCGGUGGUCGUGGAGCCACGGCAGCCCUGGUAGUGUGGGACUGGGUCCAGCCUGGCCACCAUGGGCAGGGGCCUGCCCCUGAGGGAGCCAUGGCCCCCCUGCUCCAUCCCGCACAUGGCAGGGGGAGGUGAGGCUGGCAGGCACCGGGAUGGCUCAGUGGCACUGUGAGCGAUCUGUCCCAGCACUGCCACCAGCACUGCCGAGCCCCAGCCACAGGCAGGUUUUGGCGGCCAAACUGGCCUGAACCACUGGACACAUCUGGUGCAAAAGGCUCCCGAGGCCGCCUGGCAGGACCCAGCUUGUUCAUAGGCUGCCUUCAGGGAGCCUCUGCCGGUGUCCACCACCCAGUUCCAUUUCAGGGCUCCUGCCCAGAGGAGGCUGCCUUUGAGUCCUGUCACUGCCCAGCUCUGGCCCUGCUGCCGCAGGGACCACAGGAGGGGUGUGUCUGCCACAGGGACGUCUCUGCUCCCUGAUGGCCCCAGUGUCCAGCUGUCCCCACCACCCCGUGUGCCGGUGGUGCAGAACCUGUCACCGCAGGGUGAGGGGCGGCUGCGAGCAGGGGCGGCGGUGCCAGUGUUGCAGCAGCACAUCCCAGGCUUUUAGCGAGGCGCCAUGAAUAAUUUAGCUCCCCUAUGCAAGGAAGAAAAUCCCCUAAUAGGGCUAAUGGAGCGCGGUGAGAAGCCGGGCGCUGGGGGCCCGGUGUGGCAGCCAAGUGCGUCGGCACUCCCCUAAUGCAAAACAGCGCGAGGGCCGCGGCUCUUAUAUCUGCCCCGGGGCAGCCUCGCCACCCAGAGCUGCGCUGCUGCUGAGCAGCUUCCCUGGCGCGGUGAGUCGGGGCUGGCGGCGCGGGCGGCGAGUGCGGAUGGGCAUGGCAGGCGGGAAUGGGCACUGCCACGGGGCAGCCGCUGCAGGCAGCAGGGAAGAUUUUCCAUGCAGGGCUACUUGGGAUUUGAUGGCUUAGAGUCGUUUUCUUUUGGGGUUUGGGAUCUUUCUGGCUUUAGGCAGGCCGGUGGCUGCCAACGAGUUCCCAGCUUGGCAAGCCAGGCUGGCCAGACGCCUCUCUGGGCAGCUGCCCUGCCCGUCACCCACUUGUUGUGCCCCCAAUGCUGCUAAGUGCCGUUGUCCUGCAGAGCCUGUGCCCUGUCCUCAUCCCUGCUCCUUCCCCACCAAACAGCCUCUCUCGCUUGGGCAGGGCGCGGCUUGUCCUCGGCAGCUCCUGCAGCCCCACCGGCUCGGCCCGGGAGCACCGGGAUUUCUGCUCAUGACCAGCUCCACCUCCGCCGUGCUCUCGCUGCCGUUCUGUACCCUUGCUCUGCUGAAAAUCAGGGAGAUGUCGAGAUGGGGCAGCCGGUGGAUUCAUGCCCCAUUCCUCAGAGCAGCCCUGCCCAACCCCCUGGCUCCGCUUGCUGCAUCCAUUUCGCUGCUGUAGAGCAGUGGUGCAGUCAGCUCAGGCUUUUCCUUGCCACUGUCAGGCGAGGGGAUCCCACCAGGCCAAGGGAUCCCACUGAGAUCAAGGGGAUCCCACCAGGUGCCCACACCCACCAGGAGCCACUGGUACUGCCCUAGUUAAAACUACCAACCAUGGAGAAGGGCUGGUGCCAGCGGUGCCAGCUUGUCUCCAAUUGUGAGGUGUGGCAGGAAGAGGCUAGUAACCAGGGUUUGGUUUGGCUUUGCCACAGCAGAGGGAAAUAUCCCUUUUCCAUGUCUCCCUGCAUUCCCAAGGCCUUGCUACAGAGCAGGAGGAGCACAGAGUGCUCUCUGGCAGCACUGGGUGUCACAGGAGACCCCCAGGGUUUCGGUCACCCCAGCCAGCUGCUGCUCCAUAUCCUCCGUGUUUGGAGCCUUUGGAGGUGACAGCAGCAGGGAGCACUUCAUCUUUGGCUCCUGCUGCCAUCAAUGUGAGCUUUCCAGGGAAAGAAAAAACCACGGGUGGGAGCCUGGCUGGAGCCUGAUGCCAGUGACCGCUUCAGUACCUGUGCCACAGUUUUGGCCCCAGUCUCCGCUCCCUUCAGACACAGAACAAGAGACGUGGCAGAGAGUGGCACAGAAAUUGAUGCCAGUGCCCUGCCGGUGAGGUCCCAGCCAUAGAGGCGGUGAGGACUCUGGUGGGUGAGAUGCUCACCCUGCAGCAGGCUGUUUUCAGCAGCUGCACCGGCUGGGAGGUCGCUGCCAUGGUGGAGGGGAAGGUGUUGGCUGGAAGUGCACAUUGUGGCAGUGUGAUGCAGGCAUGGCGAGCACCUGGUGCCCACAGCCCCUCUGCAGGUGCCCACCUUCCUGGGGAGCCCCACAGAAACUUUCCCACUGUGACUUCUCCUGCCCACUGGUACACAGUGCCAGAUUGUCACCGGCAGCACUUUUGCCACCACCUGCCACAUCUCGCAGGGGUGCAAACCAGUCCAAGCUGGGGGCCAGCACAGAUAAGGCAUGGGCCAUGCUGCUGCAACAUGACUCGGGGCAGCUGUGGUAGGCACUGCUGCCUCCUCAGCCAUGGGCUGUGCCUUAUUUCUGUCCUGCUCCUUUUCCCUUUGUGCUUCAGCUCCCAUGUCAAGGCUGUACUCUGCUGAAAAGACUGGCUUUGCCAGGGUCCCCACUGUCCCCUCCCUGCGCUGCAUGUCCUGGCAAGGGCAGGUGCCACCACUCCAGCAUGGCAGCAUGGGCAGAACUGUGCCCUGAGUGGCAGCGGAGCCCAUGUUGUGCUUUCCCAGCUCUCUCCGUAGCACCACGGAGUGGUUGGUGGUGUGGCUGGCCAGCAGAGCCCGUGCUUGGGUGGCGGGAUGCUCUCCAUGACCUACAGUGAGAGCCUGCGCAGCGUGGCCAGCCGGCCCGCUCCCGAGUGGGGGCUGCCCCCGGCCCCCCGGGCGGCCGAUGGGCUGGAGCUGCGGCGGCUGCGGGACGUGCGGGCGGCAGCGCGGGCGAAGACACUGGAGGAGUUCCUGCGGAUGCACGGGCUCUCCCUGGCUGACAGCACUGCCCACGCCACCGGCAUGAAGUACAGGAACCUCGGGAAGUCUGGGCUGCGCGUGUCCUGCCUGGGCCUGGGGACAUGGGUGACUUUCGGAGGGCAGAUCACAGAUGAGAUGGCGGAGCAGCUGAUGACUUUAGCUUAUGACAACGGCAUUAAUCUCUUUGACACAGCAGAAGUCUACGCUGCUGGCAAGGCCGAAGUGGUGCUGGGGAACAUCAUCAAGAAAAAAGGGUGGAGACGGUCCAGCCUGGUCAUCACCACCAAAAUCUUCUGGGGAGGAAAGGCCGAGACAGAGAGGGGCCUGUCCCGAAAACACAUCAUAGAAGGUCUGAAGGCGUCGCUGGAGCGGCUGCAGCUGGAGUACGUGGACGUCGUGUUCGCCAACCGGCCCGACCCCAACACGCCAAUGGAAGGGGACCCAUUUAGUUCCUCCAAGUCCAGGACUUUCAUCGUAGAAGAGACGGUGCGAGCCAUGACCCACGUCAUCAACCAGGGGAUGGCCAUGUACUGGGGGACCUCGCGCUGGAGCUCCAUGGAGAUCAUGGAGGCGUACUCGGUGGCCCGGCAGUUCAACCUGAUCCCGCCGAUCUGUGAGCAGGCCGAGUACCACAUGUUCCAGCGGGAAAAGGUGGAGGUGCAGCUGCCUGAGCUCUUCCACAAGAUAGGCGUCGGAGCCAUGACCUGGUCCCCACUGGCCUGUGGCAUCGUCUCGGGGAAGUACGAUGGGGGGAUCCCCCCCUACUCCCGUGCCUCGCUGAAGGGAUACCAGUGGCUGAAGGACAAGAUCCUGAGUGAGGAGGGCCGGCGGCAGCAGGCGAAGCUGAAGGAGCUGCAGGCCAUUGCCGAGCGCCUGGGCUGCACUUUGCCCCAGCUCGCCAUCGCCUGGUGCCUGCGCAACGAGGGUGUCAGCUCAGUCUUACUGGGGGCCUCCAAUGCUGACCAGCUGAUGGAGAAUAUUGGAGCGAUACAGGUCCUUCCAAAGCUGUCGUCUUCCAUCGUCCAUGAGAUCGAUAGCAUCCUGGGCAACAAACCCUACAGCAAGAAGGACUACAGAUCCUAAGCGCGCCCAAGCGCGCCGCCCGCCGCGCAGCCCUCGCCGCCCGUUCGCUUGCUUACGCUUUGUUGGAGCAAAGUGGAGAGUGUGGUUUGCACCACGAGCGCCGAGAGCCAGCGCUCCUGCCCGCGCUGCCCCGGACACGGCGCCACGGCCGCUCGGCCUGGCUCUGGGGCACAGGGACGGCCGGUGGGGCGUGCGGGAGACGAGCCCCACUGCCCGGCCGCCCUGCCCGCAGCCGGAGCCGCCGCGGGGCCCGUUGCAUGCGCGGCUCCCGCCCCUGCGUUGUCGGAGGUGGUGGGCGCGGGGUGCACGCGGGUGCUGUACGCCCACGAGGCUGACAACACGAAGCUGUUCCCCAGCCCUCGCCUCUGCCCUGUGCCGCCGGCACCGCCAGCCCGACACCGGCACAGUGGGGCUGUGGUUCCCGGGGUGGGGGACAGGAUGGGGCGGUGACAGGGAAGGGGUUCCCUGUGAGAGAAGCCCGGGGUGCCCCGGUUGAGCGUGGGGCUGGGCUCUGCUGCAGGGAGGGGCCAGCCAGGGGAGUGUGUGUGGGCAAGUGUGUGAGCGUGUGUGUGGACAGACACACAGGAGACAUGCAGGGACAUACAGACACGUGUACGUUUGCACACAGCAGCUGUGGAGGUGACCACGGCCCACAGGCACCUUCAGAUGUAUCUGCACAAAGCUAUUGAAAUACAGGGGCCUCUAUACACACACCCACAUCCACUCAUUACAGGUGUGUGUACACACACACACAGAGAUAUGUAUGUAUAUAUGUAUAUAGAUGUGUAUAUAGAUAUGUACACACGUCUCUGAAAAUUAGAUGUAAAGUGUAUACAAACACACACAUGUAGACACGUGUGUACUUGUGUAUAUACAGACAUACAUAGCUCCAUGUAUAGAUCCAUAUAUGUAAUAUAUAGAUGUGUACAUAUCCAUGUAAAUAUAUUGCUGUAGCAGCAUCCAUGUUUGUAUGGAUAUAUGCACACAUAUGAAAAUUACAGGUACAUACAUAUAUGUGUGUAUAUGCAGAUAUAUGUGUAGAUAUAUUUAUAUACACACCCAACUCUAUAACUACAUACUCAUCUUUCUAUAAACAUAUGCUGUAUAUACAUGUGGAAACAGAUAUUUGUGAUUUAGAUAUAGCUAUAGAUAACACAUAUCUAGAUAUAUAGCUAUAGCUAUAUAUAGGUAUAGCUAUAUAUAGAUACAUAUAUGAUAGAUAUAGAUAUGAAAUAUAGCUAUCUGAGAUACAGCUAUAGCUACAUCUAUCUAUCUCUUUAUAGCUCUUUGUGUACUCUGUGCAGAACAAACAUUUUUGCCAAUACCUAUAUCUAUCUAUCCAUAUACAUAUAUACACAGAGUUGCAUCUAUCUGUGCACAGACAAAUAUAAAAACUAAAUAUAUGUGCAAGCCCUCAGUUCUGUGCACAGUGUGUGUGUUUCUCCACUCCCUGUGUAGCCGUGGCUGCACCUACAAGCCCCCCAUAAAUCUGUGUGUGUGUGCAAACACGGAGGGUCUCCCAACCCACACAGAACAUCAGAGCUCUCCCUCUGUGCAUGGUUGGGGUCCAUGUGCACACCCCUGCCCCAUACACACCCCCACACCUUUAGGUACAUGGGUUUACCUGCAGAUUUACCCACACAUCUUUUUUUAUACAUCUGUCUACAGAACUACAUUGAUGGUUGUGUGCAAACAGAAACAUACACACUGAUAUGUAUGUUUGAAAUCACAAAUACAAAUGUGUAUCUCUGUAUAUACAAAUGUGUACUUCUGUAUGCACACAUGUAAACUAUCUGUGUCUAGUAUAAUCUAUACACCCUUAGCUGUAUCUAUAUCUACGCCUAUGUAUAAAUAUAUAAAAAUUACAAAUA